GCUGGCCAUAGAAGAUGAAGUUUAAGAAGAUUGCGACGACGGUAAUAUUACUUACUGCUCCUCAGUUGUUGCAAGUGUCUGGAGGAGCAGUAGUCCCUAAAGAGCGUUUUCGGACUACGGACCAGUGAGGGAGCAGCUGAGCGAGUCCACAAACAACCAAACGCGACACAUAAAAAAGAGUAAAGUAGGGGAGAGGAGUAGAUUGAAUUGAUCUUAUCGUUUCGUCAAAAAAAAAAAAAAAAAAAAAAAAGAGUAGAUUGAAUUGAUCGAUAAUUUCACAUUAAAAGUAGUAGGUUUAGUACAUAACAGCUCAACUGUUAACUCUUGCAGCAGAGACCGGAAUGAAUGAAGAAUGAAGGAGGACUCAAAAAAACUAUAGCUCAACAGCAAUCCCAUUCCCCCACCCACUUCUCUUUGCCAUUUCUAAAUUCUUCUAUUAAGUACUACAUUAUUAAGUAUUAUAGACUCUUUGUGCUUACUGGGUCCUUCUCUUUCUUCUUCUUCUUCUUCUUCUUUUGGGGCGGGAAGGGAGGAAUUGGCAUUAAUACAAGUUAUCAGAGAGCGUUCGUUCGUUGUGUUUUCUGAAUUAUGGGUGUUGUGUCGACGGAAUCUUUACCGCUUGGGUUUAGAUUUAGACCCACCGACGAGGAGCUCAUCAACCAUUACCUGAGGCUCAAAAUCAACGGCCGCCAUGACGAGGUUCAGGUCAUCCCCGAAGUUGACGUCUGCAAGUGGGAGCCCUGGGAUUUGCCUCAGCUUUCAGUCAUAAAGACAGAUGAUCCAGAAUGGUUCUUCUUUUGUCCACGCGAUAGGAAGUAUCCAAAUGGGCAUCUCAACAGGGCCACUGAUGCUGGUUACUGGAAAGCAACUGGCAAGGACCGUACCAUUAAGUCUCACAGAUCGUCUCCCUCUAAAGACUCUUGUUUUUACAGGGGUCGUGCUCCUAAGGGUGAGCGUAAUUGGAUCAUGCAUGAAUAUCGUGCCACUGAACCGGAUCUUGACGGAACUGCCUCUGGCCAGGCUGCCUAUGUCCUCUGUCGGUUAUUUCAUAAGCCUGAUGAGAAGGCUGACAGUUCUAAAUAUGAUGAAGUUGAACCAAGUGGUUCUUCCCCAAACACAGUCAAGUCAUCACCCGAUGAUGCAUCAUCAGAUCUGUUUCAAGAACGAUUAAUCCUUGAUAUGCAGGUUGCAAGCAACCAGCUGGUAUUGAGAGGUGAUGUUGAAGAUCACUUAAUAGAAGCAGCCAUUACAGAGGUAUAUCCAACUACUGGAGGACAUCCAAUGUGUCAUGAAUCCAGAGAUGGUCUCGAUUGCAAGGUCUUCUCCCCAUUAGUGUCUCAGAAUCACACAGAGAUAGGAUGUCCUGAUUCACCUUUUGCUGAUGAUUGCGAUCAGAAGGGGAUGCACUUUCAGGAUGGCACCUCGGAACAAGAUGUUUCUCUGACAGAACUAUUGCAUGUCCUUCAGAAUGAUGAUGCAUAUCCUUGUAAGGAGUCAACAAGUGAGAAGUUUCUAUAUGUUGGUAGCAGGAGCAUGUUACCUGACCAGCUACAUGAAGGGCCAGCUGGAAACUGCAAUCCCAGGGAUUGGGGUGCAUUUGGGAAGGCAGGCGAAGAUAUGGUCAUAGAACAGACUCUUACAUGUCCAAGAUCCUUCCAGUCUCAAGCACCAAUUCGUGAUGCAGACUCCAGACUGAGUAACGAUGUUGGUGCAUCUCAUGAUCAUUAUGCCGAUCCUGUCAGUCUUGGUGGCGAUCAUCAGGAAGGAACUGGAAUCAAGAUUCAUAGACGUCAGGCAAGCAAUCGACCAGGUUGUGAAAACCUGGCCAAACAAGGCACAGCAGCAAGGAGAUUCCGCCUGCAGGUGGAUUCUGCUCCAAUCGCUAAUCAUGAUGGGAAAUACAGCAGGGCCAAGGCUUUAGCAAUGAAGAACAAGACGAACGCUCGGUUACAACUGAGGAUGACGAGUAUUCCGAAUCUUCAUGCACAUCUGAUGAGCCAGAGGGGGAAGCAGUAGCAGUGAGAGUGGAAUAAGUGCGCGAAAAUUCAAAGCUGGACUUGCGUUGACAAAUAAAGAAGCUGAUGAGAAAGACAAAGUGAAAUGGAAGAAAUUUCUUCUGAGGCCACCGGGUGAUAGCAGCGGAACCGGUUCUUUGACAGUUUAUGGCGUGAGCAUGUAUCUUGUGAUGGUCCUGUUUAUAUUGUUUGUUUUCCUAUGGAAAUGCCCUAAUUUCUUUGCAUUGCACAUCUGAAAUUGUUCAUGUACAUCCAGUAGGCAUUAUGUUUUUUCCUUUUUAGAAAUAAUUUCUGGAGGCUGGUUGUUGAGCCAUUUAGAUUGGGUUGUAAGGUCUGCCGUCUGCACCUUUAUAUAAUUAUAAACAUGUAGCUCCAUUUUGUGUUGUA